CCGCGUGAGCGCGCACGCACAGUGUGGAGCGCUGGCGGAGCGGGCACGUUACGUCUGUCAGACCGUGUGUGUCGAGCCCAGACCACUGCCCCUGCCUCUGACUGUGAGGAGGCAGGUGUGUGUGAGUGUGUGUGAGUGUGUGUGAGUCUCUGCAGCGUCUGGACACCUUUCGAAUUCCUCAUCGGUUUUAUACACAAACACCGCCAUCAUGUUGUGGACAGCGAGUCACGCCUUACGGAGGUUCUCCACGUCGUCGCAUUAUUACCAGAAUAAGCUCAAAUUAGCUAUAAUUGGCCAGAGCCUGUUUGGCCAGGAGGUGUACAGCAACCUGAGGAAGCAGGGCCACAGAGUGGUGGGUGUCUUCACUGUGCCCGACAAGGACGGCAAGGCUGAUCCCUUAGCGGUGGCGGCAGAAAAAGACGGGACGCCGGUGUUCAAGUUCCCGCGGUGGCGAGUCAAGGGGAAACCCAUCCCAGAUGUGGUGGAGGCGUACAAGGCGGUGGGCGCCGAGCUCAACGUCAUGCCCUUCUGCUCCCAGUUUAUCCCCAUGAACAUCAUCGACCAUCCCAAGCACGGCUCCAUCAUCUACCACCCCUCCAUCCUGCCCCUGCACAGAGGAGCCUCGGCCAUCAACUGGACCCUGAUCCAAGGCGAUAAGAAAGCUGGUUUCACUGUGUUCUGGGCCGACGAUGGAUUGGACACUGGACCUAUCCUGCUGCAGAAGGAGUGUGCAGUCGAGCCCAAUGACACCGUUGACACACUAUACAACCGUUUCCUCUACCCAGAUGGCAUCAAGGCUAUGGUGGAUUCAGUUCAGCUCAUCGCUGAUGGAAAGGCACCUCGAGUUCCCCAGACAGAGGAAGGAGCCAGCUACGAAGGCAUUCAGAAGAAGUCCAACGCCAAGCUCAACCUGGCCCAGCCAGCUGAAACCAUCCACAACUGGAUCCGCGGACAUGACAAAGUCCCUGGCGCCUGGACUGUCAUCGGUGGUCAGUCUGUGACCCUGUAUGGCUCGUCUAUGUUAGGGGGGGCGGUACCAGCUGGUCAGCCCCUGGAGAUCGACGGAGCAUCCCAGCCUGGCGUGGUCACCAAGAACGGGCUUGUCCUGUAUGGAACCGAUGGGAAAGCGCUCCUGGUGAAGAGCCUGCAGUUUGAAGACGGGAAGAUGAUCCAUGCGUCCAAAUACUUCUCUUCUGGAGACAGUGCCAGUGUGGAGCUGACCGAUGACGAGAGGAAGAUGGCAGAGGAGAUCAAGAACAUUUGGAAGGGUAUCCUCAGCAACGUCUCAGCCAUCGAGGACACCACAGACUUCUUCAAGUCUGGAGCUGCCUCCAUGGAUGUGGUCAGGCUGGUGGAGGAGGUGAAGCAGAAAUGUUCUGGUGUGCAGCUGCAGAACGAGGACGUGUACAUGGCCUCUACCUUCCAGGACUUCAUCCAGAUGUUCGUCCGCAAGCUGAGAGGAGAGGACCAGGAGGAGGAACUGAUUAUCGACUAUGCAACCAAAGACGUGAACAACAUGACAGUGAAAAUGCCGCACCAGUGCUUUAUCAACGGAAAGUUUGAAGAUGCGGAAAACGGGAAGUCCUACAACACCAUCAAUCCUACUGAUGGAUCUGUGAUCUGUAAAGUGUCUUAUGCCUCAGUGGGGGAUGUGGACCGGGCAGUGGUGGCAGCGAAAGAAGCUUAUGAUAACGGGCCUUGGGGCAGGAUGAACCCUAGAGACAGAGGAAGUCUGCUUUACAAGCUUGCAGACUUGAUGGAGGAACACCAGGAGGAGCUGGCCACCAUCGAGUCCAUCGACUCAGGGGCUGUGUACACGCUGGCCCUCAAGACCCACGUCGGCAUGUCCAUCCAGACCUUCCGCUACUUUGCCGGCUGGUGUGACAAGAUCCAGGGCAAGACGAUCCCCAUCAACCAGGCCAGGCCCAACCGCAAUCUGACCUUCACCAAGAGAGAACCUCUCGGCGUGUGUGCCAUUGUCAUCCCAUGGAACUACCCUCUGAUGAUGCUGGCGUGGAAGAGUGCCGCCUGCCUCGCAGCUGGAAACACACUCGUGCUCAAACCAGCACAGGUCACUCCACUGACAGCACUGAAGUUCGCUGAGCUGUCAGUGAAAGCUGGAAUUCCUAAAGGAGUCAUCAACAUUUUGCCAGGCUCAGGUGGCAUGGUGGGACAGCGUCUGUCCGAUCACCCAGACAUCCGCAAGCUGGGCUUCACCGGCUCCACGCCUAUCGGCAAACAGAUCAUGAAGAGCUGUGCGCUCAGUAACCUGAAGAAGGUUUCACUGGAGCUGGGAGGGAAGUCGCCUCUCAUCAUCUUCAGUGACUGUGACAUGGACAAGGCUGUUCGCAUGGGAAUGAGCUCUGUGUUUUUCAACAAAGGCGAGAACUGCAUUGCCGCUGGACGUCUGUUUGUGGAGGAGUCCAUACACGAUGAGUACAUCAGCCGAGUGGUGGAGGAGAUCAAGAAGAUGAAGAUCGGAGACCCUCUGGAUCGCUCUACAGACCACGGCCCACAGAAUCACAAAGCCCACAUGGACAAGCUGCUGGAGUACUGCGACAUCGGAGUGAAGGAGGGGGCCACGCUGGUGUACGGGGGCAGACAGGUGGACAGACCAGGUUUUUUCAUGGAGCCCACAGUGUUCACUGACGUAGAGGACCACAUGUUCAUGGCCAAAGAGGAAUCCUUUGGCCCCAUCAUGGUGGUGUCCAAAUUCAAAGACGGUGACGUGGACGACGUGCUGCAGAGAGCCAACGACACGGAGUACGGCCUAGCGUCUGGCGUGUUCACUCGUGACAUCAACAAGGCCAUGUACGUGAGCGAGCGGCUGGAUGCUGGAACAGUAUUCGUCAACACCUACAACAAGACCGAUGUGGCUUCGCCUUUCGGAGGCUUCAAGCAGUCCGGCUUCGGCAAAGACCUCGGAGAAGACGCUCUCAUGGAAUACCUCAAGACCAAAGCAAUAACUGUGGAGUAUUAAGCUUCUGCCAGCGAACUCUGACUCACAUCUGGAGAGGAAGGGACACAUCUGUCUGCUUCACUUCCAGCAUCAUUCAGUAUUGCUUUGUGGACAUUGUGUGUGUGUGUGAGAGGGUGUACUGUGCGAGUGAGAGGAGUGCGUGGACAGUUUGGACAAUGUGCCUGUCUUUCCUCAGCUGUCUGUGUGAAAUUCACAUAAUGGAUCAUAGACAUGCCAGAAUAUAUCCACAUAAAAACCGUAAAAGCCUGAGCUGGACGCUGCGUCGCAGAGCUGAGGAGCCUCUGACUUAAUGUCAACGUUUUAGUUCCAGAACACACUCACACAUUUCCGCCAAGUUUUUUUUAGAAUUUGAAAAUCAGAAAAAAUACAAUAUCUCGUCUUUUACUCUUUGGAAACAGACGUGGUUCACGGAUAGACUGACGAACCAUGAAUGUCGUCCUGUUGAAAGCUCAGAGUGAAUGUGCAGGCAUCAAGUGCUCACGCAGGACUUCAGGCAAGCUACAUAACCAUAGCAAGUAAACCAAAAAGGAACUGAGUGGUGAAACUACUAUCAUAAAACUACCAGUGCUCUGGACAGAAGAGAUCCUCCACGAUGGGAAAGCAAGGCUCGAGCUAAAGCUGAAUCCAUGACCCACAACUGUUGACUGUUAAAUCGUCUUGGCUCAUAGUUGACUCACUAGCUUUUUUUGUUUUCAAAGCUUUGGACUCCGCCAUCAGUUCAUUGUUAAAUGUGACCAAACGUUUGUUAAAAAGCCAGUAAGUGGACUUUGAGUCAAGAGUACGAUUCAAAACCACACAUCAACACCGACAUGCUGGAGAACACCGUCACAUUUCAUGGUUCCGCUGCUCUUACUGUAACUUUAACAGGACUCCUAUCAGUUCUGUUUAUUUUUUAAGAUAUAUAUAUAUAUAAAAUAAAUCUCCCCAACUUCCACUACUUUUACUUUGGUAGUUUGACUGAAGCCCAUAAAUCACUAAAUCUGCCCCACUCUGAAACUCACGGUUACUUUUAAUCAUUUACUCAUAUUUUUUAUAAAUUAGUGGACUGCAUGUGUUGCCUCCAGGCUGCUAGCAUAUAUAACAACGACAGUUGAACUACGAGCUUGACACACACAAAAAAAAAAUUGCUCGUCCGUCGUCGUCUGACUGAAGUGAGACUGAAAACUCCAGUGAAGUACAACGACACUUUGUAAAGGUGCAGUCUGUCCCUGUGUGUAUGUUGCACAGUACUGCGGUGUAUGGGAGACAGUGUUCACAUGACAUGUAUAAUUUUAUGUAGCGAUGACUAAUAGGAAAUGUGUUUUAAUAGAUUCUCCAGUACAGAGAGCGAAACAUACAUUGGAGCUAAUCGGUCUUGUAUAAUUUAGCAGUGGGACCCGUUUAACACCUGGGUUCAGUUCUCAACUCACAUUUCUAUAGUCAAUAUAAUAUAACACUUACACAGUAGGAAUGAUUUUUGGCAUUGUGACUCACUGAGCAAAGUCUUAAAUAUUUAAAACUGACUUGACAACAGACCCUCUUUUUUAGACUGAUUUCCUACCCUGAUUUCCCACCAUGUCUGCCCACAGAUUAGUUUAACCUUUAGGUGAAGACUUCUCCAAAGUUCCGUGAUAAACAAAAUGUAUUUGUCUCAUUAGGGGUAUUUGAAUCCGCAAAUCUAAUUUUCACGUCAUUCAUAAAAUGCAUGUACAGACAAAUGCAUAUGAUGGUUUGCAUUUAAUCUCUGCCACUUAUUUACACCAUGUCCCUGCAACUGUCUGUUCCCACAUCCUCGACUUUAAACAUUCAUUUCUUCCAUUUGUCAAAUUUGACGUUUUGUAAAUAUUUUUUAACAAAAACAGGAAAAAGAACUAUCAGAUAUAUUUUUGACAUUGUAUUUGUCAGACAGAGGAACACUAUAUGUUAUAACACUAUAAUAUAUUCACUAGUAACCUAGAUGUUUCUAUGCAUCGCUAAUUUGAAGUUUCUACUUUCCCUAUAUUGUCAGUGAACAGCAAGGGCUACAGGAGUGUUUUCUCUUUCAGUCUCCUAUCCUCCAAUGAAUAGUCAGAUUUUAGCCAAUGAAAUUCAAUUAGACUUUUCUGUGUAAUGCUGCUGUUACAUGAAAAACAAACUCACAUUCUAUAUUGACACUGCUCUGUUCAGAACUGCUGGUCUUAUUCAGUAUUUGCUGUUAUGUGAGAUCCUUGUUUACAGUGUGUUCUGGGAAAUACAUGUACAUGUAUACUGGUAAUGCUAUUGUAGCAUUAUGACAGAAUUUGAUAUGCACAUGUCAAAGAGGGCACCAGCUCCCAUUGGAGCAAAUUGACACAAUUAAAUUGAUCUGUCUCAUCUAA